CGCAUCAGUGCAGUUGUCUUAAGGAAUUUCGGUAGAGUUUGGGUCAGCGCGGAAAAUAAACACUUCGUAAAUAUUUAGAGGGUUCCCAUCGAUCCUCAGAUUUAUCCUACUCCUGUCCUGCGAUCAAAAUCAGUAAGUAGCGACUGAAAAGUUGUGCUUCAGGUUGCGUCCAGCAUACAAAACGAGAGGAUGGUAAUGCAUUUCAACUUCCCAAAAGCGGAACCGAGUACGUACCUCUCUGUCAUGCACUGAGACCAACUAAAGCCUUAAAUAAACAUACACACUUUACUAUUAAGUUAGAGAAAAGGAAGAUCGUGAGACAUCAUGAGUAACCCACCCCAGAGCGUAGAGCUUAAGGCAACAGGAGGGGCAGCAAAUUUGGACACCAGCAAGAUGGCAGACAUGUCUGUGGAAGAGAUCACAUUGAGAGCCAACCAAGUGACAGAUGAGUCACUUGAAAGUACUAGGCGGAUGCUACAGUUGGCUGAAGAGAGCCGGGAGACGGGUGUUAAAACGAUGACCAUGUUGGAUGAGCAAGGAGAGCAACUGAGGCGUGUUGAUCAAGGAAUGGACCAGAUCAAUCAGGACAUGAGACAAGCUGAGAAGAACCUGACUGAUCUGUCCAAAUGCUGUGGUCUGUGUGUGUGCCCAUGUGACAGAGUGACUUCCAUUGAGCAUGAUGGGCGGUAUAAGCGGACUUGGGGCACAGGCAGUGACGACUCCAGCACAAAGGGAAAAGAACGAGGUGUAGUGUCUAGCCAACCAACAGCCAUCCACAAUGGACAGGCUAUUUCUGGUGGGUCAGUGGCCCCUUCUGGUCCCUAUAUCAAGAGAGUAACUAAUGAUGCACGAGAAGAUGAGAUGGAGGAGAAUCUGGAUCAGGUGGGCAGCAUCAUCGGGAAUCUAAAGAAUUUGGCAGUGGACAUGGGCAAUGAGAUAGAUAAACAGAACAAGACCAUUGACCGCAUCAAUGAUAAGGCUGAUAUGAAUAAAGCUCGCAUUGACGAAGCCAACCAUCGAGCCAACAAACUUCUGUAGGGAAUGAACUGCAGCUAGCAUCACUCAGGAGCCUGAUUAUGAUUUUUUUUACACACAAACACACACACAAUUUCUUCUUUACAGCAAAGAAUUGCGGCAAGGGAUUUUUUCAAAUGCCAUCUGUGCCUUUUUAUUGCAAUCUAGAUGUUCUUUUGUAAAUAGAGGUGUACACACACACACAUGCAUGCAUAUGCAAAACCUCCUGUACAAUCAAGUCUUCACCCCUAACAUGUGAGACAAAUAUGCUGGAUGCACAGAGUGCAGUUGUUUUUGAAGCUCUGCUCACUACUGUCCCCUCAAGUCUGUUAUGGAUGGAAUCUAAUCUCUGGGAGAUAGUGUCGGUUUUGUCCAUCUCUCUCGCUGCACUUGAGUCAACAUGGCUUAUAGUUUCAUUAAUUUGAAUGAGGGGCAAAAGACUUGACAGAAUCUUUAAUGUCCCUACAUGCUGCCCUUUUAGCCUUUAAUCUAUGUUUGGGCUAGUCCAAUAAUGUUUGGUUUUUAUGUAAUUGUUUUCUGUUCAACUGUAUCUGCGACUGAUUAAACUCAUAUUUAAUUAUCUUAAAACUUUAAUGGACCUUGUGAACACAAUUAGUCAUUUUCAAUAUUUUUGGGAAAAUGUAUGGUAGUGUCCUUUUAAUGGCCAAAUUUACCAUGCUAUAUAUAGCUCUGGAUAAAAAUUAAGAGACCACUGCAAAAUUAUCAGUUUCUCUGGAUUUAUUAUUUAGAGAUAUGUGUUUGAGUAAAAUUACAAUUUUUCUUUUAUUCUGUAAAGUACUGACAACAUUUCUCCCAAAUUCCAAAUAAAUAUAUUGUCAUUUAGAGCAUUUAUUUGCAGAAAAUGACAACUGGUCAAAAUAACAAAAAAGAUACAGUGUUUUCAUACCUCGAAUAAUGCAAAGAAAAUAUGUUCAUAUUCAUUUUUAAACAACAUAUAACUAAUGUUUUAACUUAGGAAGAGUUCAGAAAUCAAUAUUUGGUGGAAUAACCCUGAUUUUCAAUCACCGCUUUCAUGCGUCUUGGCAUGCUUAUCCUUCACAAAGACGAAUCUGCCCGAUUCCAACCUUGCUGAAGCACCCCCAGAUCAUCACUGAACCUCCACCAAAUUUCACAGUGGGUGCGAGACACUGUGGCUUGAAGGCCUCUCCAGGUCUCCGCUUAACCAUUAGACGACCAGAUGGAGGAUCGGUGAUGAUCUGGGGGUGCUUCAGCAAGGCUGGAAUCGGGCAGAUUCAUCUUUGUGAAGGACGCAUGAAUCAAGCUUACAAGGUUAUCCUGGAAGAAAACUUGCUUCCUGCUCUGACAAAGUUCCCCUACUCUGAGGAUUGGUUUUUCCAGCAGGACAAUGCUCCAUGCCACACAGCCAGGUCAAUCAAGAUGUGAAUGGAGGACCACCAGAUCAAGACCCUGUCAUGGCCAGCCCAAGCUCCAGACCUGAACCCCAUUGAAAACCUUUGGAAGGGGAUCAGGAGGAAGAUGAAAGGCCACAAGCCAUCAAACAAAGCUGAGCAGCUUGAUUUUUUGCACCAGGAGAAAGACUGGUAGAGAGCAUGCCAAGACGCAUGAAAGCUGUGAUUGAAAAUCAGGGUUAUUCCACCAAAUAUUGAUUUCUGAACUCUUUCUAAGUUAAACAUUAGUAUUGUGUCAUUUAAAAAUGAAUAUUAACUUGUUUUCUUUGCAUUAUUCGAAGUCAGAAAACACUGCUUCUUUUUUGUUAUUUUGAUCUGUUGUCAACUAACAAUAGUAAAUUGUGCUCUAAAUGACAAUAUAUUUAUUUGGGAGAAAUGUUGUCAGUACUUUAUAGAAUAAAACAAAAAUGUUAAUUUUACUCAAACACAUACCUAUAAAUAGUAAAUCCAGAGAAACUGAUAAUUUUGCAGUGGUCUCUUAAUAUUUUCCAGAGCUGUAGGUAUAGGACAUUUCAAUAUAGCAAUUUUAUUUCUAAUAAAGCAAAUAUAAUACUUUAGAAUACUA